CAAAGGGCUCUAACAGCCCAAUUAUAGCUGUGCUCUGUGCUGCUGUCUCUUAUAGAAACGUUGUGGUUGUUAUGAUGUUCAGCUCAUUCUCCAACUCUCGUCUCUGUGGAUUUUACACCUGGUCAGAGCAACGUUUUCUGGAAUCUCUGUCACUGAAACUCUUCAUUCAUCCUCCUGCAAUAUUCGUGAUUGUAGUCGGCUGGAAUGGACAGUUUAACUCAACGGGCUGGUAAUGCUGAAGUCCUGAUGAGAUGUCCUUGAGUGACAACACGAGCCAGCCCUCUCUGCCAUCCUCACCUCUGCACUUCAACGGCUCCGCCUCUCUGCAUUACCUGCUGCGGGAGAAAGACAGAGCCGGCCACGACUCUUUUCAGGAGGGGCCGGGGAACAAUACGCAGCUCCUCUCAGACUACUCCGUGCUCAGCCAUGACGAGCAGUGUCACAUGUCUUCUGUACUUACGGCGUGCCUGGUCCUGUGGUACAGCGUUACGAUGGUACUGGGGCUGGUGGGGAAUAUUGGACUCAUUAGUAUCAUCACCCGUCGCAGGGAAAAAGUCAAUGUGACAAGUAUUUUCAUCUGCAACCUGUCUUUCUCUGACAUCCUGGUGUGUGUUUUUUGCCUCCCUUUCACGGUCAUAUACACACUAAUGGACCAUUGGGUGUUUGGGUCAUUAUUGUGCCGACUGGUGCCGUUCAUCCAGUGUGUGUCCGUGACUGUAUCCGUGCUAUCUCUUGUGUUCAUUGCUCUAGAAAGACAUCAGCUCAUCAUUAAUCCCUCUGGAUGGAAACCAAGCAUCCCUCAGGCCUACAUGGCAGUCGUUCUAAUAUGGAUUCUAGCAUUCUUCACCUCCUCACCUUUCUUGGCCUUUCAGCUGCUCACAAGUGAGCCCUAUACCAACGUAAUCCUGUCCCAGCCUCCCCAUCAUCAGCAAGUGUUUCCUCAGGCUUAUCUCAAUGCAUCACAGCCCCAACCGGUCCCCUAUACACACAAAAAUUCAUCUUCGCUUCCAAAUUCAUUCCGCUCUGUCUUUUCUUACACCCCAACUGCCACGCAUAUGGAGGCUUGUGUGGAGCACUGGCCGUCCCAUCAACACAGAGUGGCUUACACCACAUGGUUGCUCCUGUUCCAGUAUUGUGGUCCGCUGCUGCUGGUGCUGCUUUGUUAUGUUCGGGUUUUUGUGCGCCUACGACACCGUAAAGACAUGCUGGAUCGUGCCAGGACCCCCGAGAGCCAGCGCAUGACUCACAGCCGCCGAAUCAAUAUCAUGCUGAUUGCUCUCAUAACAGCCUUCGCGCUGUGCUGGCUUCCACUCACCAUCUUCAACGUGGUGUCUGACUGGCACCAGGAGGCUCUGCCUAUCUGCCACCACAACCUGCUGUUCUCCCUCUGUCACCUGCUGGCUAUGUCCUCAACCUGCAUCAACCCCAUUAUCUAUGGAUUCCUUAACUCCAACUUUCGGCAAGAAGUGAGAGAAAUACUCCUGCACUGUCGAUGUUUCGCAGAAGAAGAGGAGUGCGAGCAUUUCCCCAUGUCUACCAUGCACAUGGAAAUGUCCCGCACCUCUGUGCCUCUUCCCUGCAGGAGCAACUCUGUCUGACAUGGAUGAUACGAUCUAAAGGACACCGGUGGAUGUAAUCACAUACAAAAAAAAAAAAAGAAAAAAUGUACAGUUGUUGGACUUGCUUUUGCCGUUUCUUCAAUAUGUAAUGUCAGUGGAACAUUUUGACAGUGGUUUUACAUUAGCAAUUGGAAGUGUGUUGUACCAUGGUUUUAUCUUGUUCUGCAGUAAUCCUUAAAAAAUACAAGAGAUGUGUAAAUGA